GUGAGGAAUGUCUAAUUUUUAUUCUCUGGAGAUUAUUCGGUUAGUUUAAUACAUAGUGCCUUAUGAAAUUGAAAAGAAGAAAGGAAUGCAGUAUAAUUUUCAUUAGGACUGUGACAAUUUAAUAUCUUUGUGAUAACGUUUAGUUUUGAAAAAUAUAUAACAAGCUUUAAAACUAACAAAAGACAGUUUCAAACCUGAACCAAUGUCGUUCAUCCUUCACAAUGUCGUGUGAAACAACAAAACGUACUUGGGAUAUUGCUUGUUGCUCCAGUUCUACAGAAGGAAAAGAGAAAUAGUGAAAUCUUACAAAGUCUAUGUAUAUUGAUGUUUUGUUUAGUUCAAGAAGGAAAGUUUUUGAAAAGGUUUGAAAUAAUUGAAAAAUGUUCAAAGUUGUAAUAUUAGUAUUUAUUGCUGGAUGUGAACUUCGUGUUUAUUAAUUAAUAAAGGUUAAAGGAAAUGGAGAUACGAGUAAAGACAAUAUGAAACAUUCGAGGAUCAAAAUUUUCUGUUUAGACUUGGUAUCAAAAUUGAAGUUCCUUUCUGGUCUUAACGUAGACGUCAAAAUGUUUUAAAACAAUACAACAAACGGUAAUAUCAUAAAUGAUUUGAACAUUUAUUGCACGGAUAUGACAACUGACACAGUCAACGUGCAGAGUACUUACGUCUAUGAAGAUUACUCUAACUUCGACUAUGGAGACGAAUACAUGUACCCCGGUUACCAAUUUGAAAGGCCGGUCUAUUUAUAUCUUUGGGAAAUUUUGGUAAUCGUAACUUUCAUUCAAAACCUUCUGAUUUUAUCAGUGUUCAUGCGCAGAAAGAUGUGCAACCCAACAAACAUAGUUUUCUCUGCGAUAGCAAUUUCCGAUUCUCUGACUGGACUGGUAACUCUUCCAACUUACAUUAUGGUGUUCCAGAGGUAUGAUCCAUUACCAGUCUCUUACUAUGAGGAUAAUUUUGCGAACGUGUCUGAAAAAGUAUAUUACGAGCAGAAUAGACUUUUGGACAAUAAUCUGUAUUCCAAUAACUCAGCUUUUAACAACUCGGCUUACAAUAAUACCGUCUCUGUUUAUUCAAGUGAAAAUCCAAACAGUUUUUAUCUAACGACAACGUUCAGUUCUAGUUCGGUAGUCAAUGCUUCAGAAACAUUGUCAUCAGCAGUGUACCAUUCAGCAACACAUUCGCCAUUGGACGGAUAUAACCUCAGUAAAAAUCUUUGUCGUGGAUUUAUGAUCUCAAAAUACAUUUUUUCGAAAUCAUUCCAUACUAUCUCAAUCUUUUUGACAUUGUUCCUUGAAAUUCAGAGAUACGUUUCCAUGGCAUACCCUUAUAGAUAUGAAACGUGUUGUAAUAAAUCUAGGAUUGUUAAAAUAUAUUGUAUAUCUGCAUUCGUUUUGUGUCCAUUUCUCCACUCGUAUCAUUUGGGAAGCGAAAAGGCAACAGGAGGAAUGUGUCAAUGGGAACUUAGUGGAAAUGGCUGCGGAAAAGACUGUAUAUAUUUAUGGAUAGCAUUUGUAGUGCGACAUUUCAUUCCAUGUGUAAUACUUGUGAUAUUUACACUAUUGUUUAUACAUCAACUGAGAAAAGGAGAGAAAAGCUUUCGACGAAUGGACAGUAACUCGUCACAGUAUUCCAGAAGGGUCCAUGAAAAUCGGCGUAUUACUUUUAUAGUAACUGCUGUUGUUGUUGUUCGAUUAAUUCCCGAAAUACCAUAUAGCAUUUUUCUGUUAUUUAAUAGCAUAGACGUGACAGUUAAUAUGGGGAAAGACAUAGAUCUUGAGACGAACAGAAUUUUUCAUAUGUGCUACGAAUUGUGUCUCAUAUGUUCGUUUCUAGCUAACUUCUAUAUAUAUUUAAUUUUCAAUAAGUCGUUUCGAAAACGCCUGUAUCGAACAUUUAUUGAACCUGUCAGGAAACAAUUUGGUGUUUCAUUAAGGCUGCACGAGUUUCAGUCAUCGCCACCUACCAGAAAACUUACGAUGAAGUUUGCAGAAUCAGUUAAACCUGGCGAGGAGAUUGAAAUGAAAACUGCUCAUUCCGAAUUUUCCGACAAACUUGUCAAAAUCGGAACGAAGUGAAGAGACAGAUGCUGCAAAAUUCAGAAUAUCGUUAAAUGUAUUCGUAUCUAAAUGCAAAUAACAGAUUUUGUUUACAUAGUAAAAGGAAUUAGUUCUACUUCUUUUCACGUGAUUGUAAUAUAAACUAUGAAAAAGUUACUUACAUGUAUUAUUGUUCAUUUUGAGACUGAAAAUAUUUUCGACCCACGUCUUUUUGUCUAAAAUAAUUCAUAAAUAACCCUGACAUUACGUAAAGAACAUUUUUGUUUUCAAAAGUAGAUGAUGUUAAGAUAAGGAUAAAUGAGCCGCGCCAUGGGAAA